CAAGAACUGAGAGCUGCAGACAAUCAAAAUGCUCAUGAUCUUGGUCGUGCUGAUGAAAUCCAAAUCUGUACUUUCAUGUCCUCCAACUCGGUCAAUUCCUUGAGAAGCUUCGAUAUCCCCAACAAUGUCUCCUCUUCGUGGCUGUGGCCAUGGUUGUGCCAACUGCCAUGGAUCUCUCUCCUUCUAACCAGACACCACUUCUACCCUUUCUCCUUUCAAACUUACCUUUCAUCAUCUCUGAUAGUCUGAGCUCCGUUACCCUGAUUCCUUUGCCGGCUUGGGGCAAACCUCCUCCAUUCUCUGAGAGCGAAGCCCUCCUCAGGCAGCAUAUCCAAUGGAGCCAGCAAAACUGGAUCGUCGGACCCGCCAAACCCUCCAUCAAAGCCCUGGCCGUUCGACUCGGCGUAGAUCAAUGGAGGAGAGAAGGCCUCCGAUGCCGGCUGAGUGGCGAAAGCGUCGUCUACAGCGGAGCUGUGGAAGAUUGGGGAAUCGGUGGCGGAGUCCUUGAGCGACUCGGAGUCGACAAAGGAGUCGAAUCGCAGGGAGGAGAGUCAGGGGUUGUAGCCCAGGUAACCGUUGUGCAGGUGUGUUGAGGGUUCUUGAGUUAAUUGAACCAUUAAACGUGCAACUGCUUUACAAACCUGCGAGUCAGUAACUGGUAAAACAUGAGCUUGUACCGGCGAAAGCCAUAAUGGAAAAUCCCCGGCAUAAUGCUCUAUAAGGACCCCAAAAAAUCGCUUCAAUGACCCAAGAACAGCUCUAUGAAUCAUGAUAGGCCGCUUCUUUUCAGAGUUUGAGUCAGCAUAUGUUAAGUCAAAACGCUGUGGUAGGUUAAAAUCAAC